CGACACUACUCGAGUAGGCACAGGACUGGCGCUAACACAGCUACACCAAGCAAGAAGUACACACACCUGGAGAGAGGCUCCCGCGCUCCCUCCGCCGUGUCGCCCGAGCUAGACAUGGGACGCAAGCGCGUGCUCAACCGCCGCGCAGGCCGCCGAAAGCUGCUCUCGUCGGCGGCCGACUGGCAGGCCUUCGGGCAGUCCAUGCGCUCUCCGCUCCCUAUCACAUUUCGUCGGUGCGGGCUGCCGAGCCGUUCGGCGGCGAGUGAGGCGUGCUGGGCCGAGGGACAGCAGCUGAUCCGCGCCUUCGAGGAGUCGAGUGGGCGGCAAGGGCGCGCCCUGCCUUGGUGCCACGGGUACCAGCUGCCACUCUCCCGGCUCGAGCUGCGAAGCGAGGCGCAAGCGAGCGGCGCGGCCGCCGCUCUGCAGGCGUGGCUACUGCGUGCGUCGGGCUGUGGGCUGGUGAUGCGGCAGGAGGUGGUGAGCAUGGUGCCGGCGCUGCUUCUCGGCGUGCAGGCCUCGCACCGCGUGCUCGACGUCUGCGCCGCGCCAGGCUCGAAGACGACGCAGCUGCUCGAGAUGGUCUCGCACGGCGCGGAGGGCGGCGUCGUCGUCGCGAACGACGCGGAGCCGCUGCGCGCGUACGUGCUGGCGCACCGGCUCCGCUCGCUCGGCGCCGGGCUGAACGCCGUCGUCGUGACGCACCGCGGCCAGACCCUCCCGAGGGCUGGCGAGGAGUACGACCGCGUCUUGUGCGACGUGCCUUGCUCCGGCGAUGGCACGCUGCGCAAGGAGCCGGCGCUGUGGGCCUCGUGGCGGCCAGGCCUCUCGCUGCGCCUCCACUCGCUCCAGCUGCAGAUCGCACUGCGCGCGGCGGCGCUCGUCCGCGCUGGCGGCUCGGGCGUCUCGGAUUGCAUGGGCGACGAGGCGGUGGUUGCGAGCUUACUGCGCGCGGCGCGCGGCGCGCUCGAGCUCGUCGACGCGAGCGGCCAGCUGCCGGAGCUGCCUCGGGCGCCCGGCCUGAGAAACUGGCAGGUCAUCGACGACGCGAUGCGCCGCGUGCCCUCCCUCGCCUCGCUCUCGUCGGAGCCGCUCACCGUCCGCCGCCGCUUCCGCGCCGGCAUGUUCCCGCCGAAAGGAGGAGGCACGUCGCCCACGCCCCCCUCGUCCUCCCUGCCUCACGGGGCGCCGCCGCUCGAGCGCUGCAUGCGCUUCCUGCCCCACCUCGCCGACACGGGCGCCUUCUUUGUGGCGCUUCUCCGCAAGACAGCUCCGCUGCCCCCGGGGAGGAGAGGGCAGCGGCACGGGCAGGAGGCGCUGCCGCUCUCCAAGCAGCGCGCGGCGGCGCAGCUCGCAGCAGGCCAUUCGCUCCGGCCGCUGCCGACAGAGGCGCCGGCGGCGGAGGCAAGAGCGGCGGAGGCGCCGGUUGGGAGGGAGGGCGAGCGCCUCUUCACGCGCUCCCCGUCGGGGCGACGCGCGCUGCACGUGCCUCCGCGUGUGGCGCGUUUCCUCGGCUUCGCGGCCGAAGGCACGGCAGAUGGCGCUUCCUCGCCGCUCUGUGUGGUGCACGCGGGCUGCCCUCCCGGGGAGCUGGAGGAGGACGCCGAGGCGCUCGCCGCUCGGCUCGGCGCCAAAAAGUCGAGGGCGGAGCGGCGCGACGCGUCGGCAACUCAGCGGGACCGGAAGCGGGCGCAGUGGUGUCACUGAAAAAUGAUAUAAAAGAAAA